UACGGUCGGAUGCCAAGCAGCUGCCACACCAAGCGGUGAUGCAGCCAGCCAAGCUGUCUGAAUGGUGUAGCCACCAGACAGAGGUAUUAUUGUACAUGCACUAAAGCAGACUAAUAUCACACAUUGACUGCAUACCAUGCAGAACAUCACAUAGGCACAUGUAUUCGUUUUCCAUCAUUAUACCAGCAGACAUCAAAACUCAUAUCUGAAUGAACAUGCACAUUUAAAAUGCAUUGGAAUGUCAGAGAUUUUCACAAAUGUGGUUGCUACUUCAAAUAGAAUUUAUUCCAAUAACUGGAACGCUUUUCAUAGACUGCAAAACACCAGUCACAUGUAAUGACAAUAGUUGUCAUUCUUGAGACAUCGUACUGGCACUUCCCUGCGCUUUCCCAAGUCGUAUCAUUUCUCAUUUCCCGCUCAGCAUGCAGACUGCAAACCCCUAAUUCAAUUUCAAUGGUUACUUUUCCUUCCAUCGGUCUCCUGAAAGGAAGUUGAAACGUCUUGGCCAGUAAUAUAACUCUAAUUCGUUGUGAAUGAUGGGUUUAGAACUUGUCCAUGACACUGAACAUAUUCUUCACAAUGGAACUGGGAAACUCUUUGUUGGUGUAACGUUAUGUAACAGUAAUAUAGCGUUGUGCAAAUGUUUGCGCUUGCAUCAUGAAUGCUUCAUUUAGUCAAAAUAACUCAAUUCCAUGUGCCCAUUUCAACUGUUGCAGCAACACUAUGCAAAUCACGGCUACUGUGAGUGUGUGGUAUUUGUAGGGGCGUGGCUGCUUAAAGAGCUAUUAUCAUGUCGCUUCGGUGCCAUUUAGCCGACGCUGUUGUGCAGAGUUUGUUUACAACGUGAGAGGACAAGCGAUGACCGCCGAAGCUCUCGGAUGAAAGCACACAUGAAAUAGAAUCUCAAGUACAUGGAACUUUAUAUCAGUGUUAACAUGCAAGCCGCUGUGGGGAGCAAGAUGCUGGAGAAUAAAAGCAAGCAUCCUUCAUUUUGAAUUCUAGGUGCAAACAGGAUGCUCUGGAAGAUGCUUUCAUCUCAGCAUAUGACGUGCGGCUACGACAGAAGGUGGCAGUGAAGAAGCUGUCUCGGCCUUUCCAGUCCCUUAUCCACAGUAGGCGCUCGUACCGUGAGCUCCGGCUACUCAAGCACAUGAAACAUGAGAACGUAAUAGGACUACUGGAUGUAUUCUCCCCUGCUGCAUCGCUAGAGGACUUCCAUGAAGUCUACCUGGUAACCAACUUGAUGGGGGCAGACUUGAACAACAUAGUGAAAUUCCAGCGUCUCUCUGAUGAGCAUGUGCAGUUUCUUAUUUACCAGCUGCUCAGGGGCCUCAAGUACAUCCAUUCAGCAGGACUGAUACACAGAGACUUGAAACCAAGUAACGUGGCAGUGAACGAGGACUGCGAGCUGAGGAUCCUUGACUUUGGAUUGGCCAGACAGACGGAUGAUGAGAUGACAGGGUACGUGGCGACUCGCUGGUAUCGAGCGCCAGAGAUCAUGCUUAAUUGGAUGCACUACAAUCAGACAGUGGAUAUCUGGUCAGUGGGAUGCAUCAUGGGAGAGCUGCUGAAGGGGAAGGUCCUGUUUCCAGGCAACGACUAUAUCGACCAGCUGAAGAGGAUUAUGGAGGUGGUGGGCACCCCGGCCCCUGACCUUUUACAGAAGAUCUCCUCUGAACAUGCUCAGAAAUAUAUCCAGUCUCUACCCUUCAUGCCCCAGCAGGACUUAGAGAAGAUAUUCAGAGGAGCCAACCCAAUGGCUGUGGAUCUACUGAAGCGCAUGCUGGUUCUGGACUGUGACGGGCGUAUCUCUGCCAGUGAGGCUCUCUCCCACCCUUAUUUCUCCCAGUACCACGACCCGGACGACGAACCAGAGGCCCUGCCCUACGACCAGACGCUGGAGAGCAAGGACCGCACGCUAGAGGAGUGGAAAGAGCUGGUGUUCGAGGAGAUGAAUGGAAUCAAAGCGCCUGUCAGCGAGACGAGUAGUCUACAGGUGGAACAGUGAAAGACAAACCCUGCCUCCUUCUUCUCGGUCUGUCCUGUCAGCUGAGGAAGGACCGCCGUCUUGUCUCCGUCUGUCUGUCGGCCGGCGUUGGGGAGGCGGGAGGAUCCGAGAGAAAGAGAGACCGCGGGCCAAUCAGAAACAACGCUGUGUCCCCUAGAGGCAUGACACCCCUCCCCUUGCUCACUGUGACUGGCUAUUUGACUGCCUGUCAUGAGUUUUGUAAAAGGGGAGCAGGGAGAGGGGAGGUCUAGUUGAACUGAAAGUGAUGAGAAUACGCACAUUACGACAAUUACAGGGAGCAUGUUUUGAUAGGUAUAUGUUUACAGUCUGUUGAAGAGAGGUAGGAGAGACAGAGACAGAGAGAGAAAGUAGCACUAGGGUUUUCAAACCUACCUAAGGGUCCAACUGGUAAAUGGUCAUUGGCUAUAGGUUACUGGAAAUCUUUCGUCAUGAAGACAUUUUAUAAGCAGUCAUAACGGAUGUCAGUUUAAGUCUGCUUAUAACACCUGUUAUGUCAUGGUAAUGACAGUUUUAUGACAGAGGGUUCUAGUGAAUUGUUGUCGAGAAUUUCACACAUUUUAUCAUAUUUCUAUUUUAGUUGUAGCAAAUAUCUGUUAUUUCACAGAAACUGACAUAAGAUGGUUCCUCCCUCGAUAUAGACCAAUGAAUGCCAUUUGUGCUGUUACUGCACUACAUCCCCCAACACCCACCAAUAUGCCACUGAAUGACCAAUGACAGAGAUCUACUGUACAUGGACAGGAUUAGUGGCUGUAGGGUUUAAAACUUUGCAUCAUGUACAACUAUUGGCCAGAUUCACUAAGCAUUUACACCUGUUUUUACAGAACAACACCGGUGGUAGUGUUUUGGUUACGGAGACAUAACUGCAUUGCUGCAAAUGCUAUGUAGAUAUGUCCCAAUGUACAGGUAACUGCCAACAUAAAGAAUACAUCAACAUAAAGUGUUUUAAUAGGGCAUUGGGCCAACACAAGCCAGAGCAGAUUCAAUGCACCUUGGCAAAGUUUUUGGAACUCUGUUGGAGGGAUUCGACACCAUUCUUCCAUGGGAAAUUCCAUCAUUUGGUGUUUUGUUGAGGGUGGUGGAAAACGCUGUCUCAGGCACCACUCCAGAAUCUCCUGUAAGUGUUCAAUUGGGUUGAGAGCUGGUGACUGAGACAGCCAUGGCAUAUGGUUUACAUCGUUUUCAUGCACAUCAAACCAUUCAGUGACCAUUCGUGCCCUGUGGAUGGGGGCAUUGUCAUCCUAUGGGGGCAUAGCCAUGGUGGCCAAAAUAAUGACCUGCCCAGAAUUUUUAUACAUCACCCUAAACAUAAUGGGAUGUUAAUUGAUUCAUUAACUCAGAAACCACACCUAUGUGGAAGCACCUGCUUUCAAUAUGCUUUGUAUCUCUUAUUAACCCAAGUGUUUCCAUGAUUUUUGCAGUUACCUGUAUGUAGGCUAUGCAUUUGUUGCUGGUAUCACCCAUUACAGAUUCCACUUGGCUCCAGUCCAACAGGUUUUACUAGUCCCUGGCUCUGUUGAGAAACCCAAACCUAUAGCUGAAGUUUACAUCUGAACAUUCAGCAGAUACUAUUACCCACAGUGACUCCCAGAUGCAGUAUGCAGAUUAAAUUGGAUUUACAAUAGGUCUGAAUGUUGUAGUUUCAGAGGUCUAAUAUUCAGCAUGUUUUAAAGGGGGGGGGACUGAGGUGAACAAAUUACAGGGGAGUAAAAUAAUUCAAUUUUCAGUAAAAACAUGUUCUGGAAUUGCAACAUAUACUACCCCAAGAACUACAACAACAAUCAUAUACACAAUGUCUCAAUUACAGUAGAGAUAAUCCAAAAUACUCUUUCUCGGUUGAUGUUUGACCAUUUACGGUCUUGUAUGUGUCAUGUACAAACGUUGAUUUUGGGAACUUUGUGGAUUUAAAUAGAAAUGCAAAAAAGAUGAAUGUAUACAAAACUGUAUGUUUAAAAAAAACAAGUGUCUUUUCAUUCAAUGGUGGCAUGAAUUUUAACUGUAAAAUUUCUGCCAUAUGCAUUUCCAAUCAAUAACCGAAUGUCAACUCUGUGUCAUAAUGCCAUGACAACUCAUGACAGUUGAUGUCAACCAACUCAACUCUAUUACAACAGUUAUAACACCAUUAUGCAGCAUGAACAAGUAAACAUUUGGUUACACAUAUUCAUAAUAAAUCAAAUCGAUCUAUUCCCUGUCUUGUUAACGUCAUGAAUGCGUGCGUCAAUCCAGUCUUGUUUUCUCCCAAAAAUGAUUACGUCUGUUGUUGUAUGGACAAAUUCCUUUAUGUUUUCCAAGUAUCACACAGCAGCCUAUCAGCUGGUAUGCAGCACUAUGUUAGUUGUGAGAAUCUGUCAUGGGCAUAGCAUGUUGUGGCAUUAUGAAAGACCACUUUACUUCAGAGUUACUGCCUACUCAUUCCUCCUCCACAUGGCCAAAGUUCCAUCAAUACUCCCAGCCCACACACACAGUAGCUUUCCAGUGCUUUCUGGGUUCCAAGUCUUGAGUAUACAUGGCCUUUUCCGUGUGUGUUUAUGUGUGUGUCAAUUUGCCUUCAAGGUCCAUUCUUGCAUGUUUCCAACAAACAUGCCUGCAGGCAUCGAACUAUGUCAUAAUCUCUCAGCCACAGAACAGAGACAGUAUUAUGAGAGACCAUCCUUUGAUCAUCAUGACAACGCAUGUAUCCUCUUCUUCCUCGUCAUCAAUAAAAGCUAAAUUCAUCACCAGUUA